CCUCUCGACCAUUCCUUAAACAAAUCUCCAGCAAGAAGAACGAAAGCUCAGAGAGAAAAUAACCAGCAGCAGCCAGCCUCCUACUACACACAGCUCUUCAGCAUCAUCAUCAUCAACACCACCAUCAAAAUGUUCACCAAGUCCCAGUCUGUUGCUGCCAUCCUGGCUGCUGCCGCGGCUACCGCCAACGCCCACAUGAUCAUGGCGACGCCGAAGCCCUUCGGCGGCGCUGAGCUCGACAACAGCCCCCUGUCGUCGGCCAACUACCCUUGCAAGGUACGCGGUGACCCGGCCACCUUCUACAGCCGCGACGGCCUCUCGACCACCAUGGCCGUCGGCCAGUCGCAGAGCCUGUCCUUCACCGGCAGCGCCGUCCACGGCGGUGGCAGCUGCCAGCUCGCCAUCACCAAGGACCUGCAGCCGAGUGCGUCCACCUCGUGGCAGGUCAUCCUCUCCAUCGAAGGUGGUUGCCCCAGCAAGUCUGGAGACGGCCCUGACACCUACGACUUCACCAUCCCCGACGGCGUCUCCCCCGGUGAGUACGUCUUCGCCUGGACCUGGAUCAGCAAGCUGGCCGGUCAGCCCGAGUACUACAUGAACUGCGCGCCCAUCACCGUCACCGGCGGCUCUGCCAAGCGCGACUUCAACGAGACCAUCAGCGCCGCUGAGAGCGACCUCCUCGUCGCCCGCGCUGGCGGCUUCCCCGAGCUCUUCGUCGCCAACCUUGGCGAGAUCAACGACUGCAAGACUGAGCCCUCGACCGACCCCGAGUUCCCCGAGCCUGGUUCCAACGUCAUCCGCCCCGGCUCUAACAGCCGCUUCGCCAAGGUCGCGGGCAGCAACUGUGUCCCUAAGGGCGCUACCGCCGGUGGCUCUGGCUCUGGCUCCGGCUCCGGCUCUGACUCUGGCUCUGGCUCCGGCUCCGGCUCUGACUCUGGCUCUGGCUCUGGCUCCGGCUCUGGUUCCGGCUCUGGUUCUGGAAACGGCAACGAAAACGUCGCCGCUCCCUCGGGCUUCAUCACCAGCGUUGUUGCCAACCCGCCUGCCGCCACCAGCCCCGCCGCCACCAGCCCCGCCGCCCCCGUCACCACUGCCAGCCCCGUCGCCGCCCCUGCCCCGACUGCUGGUGCUGGUGCUGGUGCUGGCGCCGGUGGCCAGCUCUCGGGCCCCUGCUCCUCGGAGGGCAUGUUCAACUGCAUCGGCGGCACCAGCUACCAGCAGUGCGCCUCCGGCUCCUGGUCCGUCCUGAUGGCCAUGCCUGCCGGUGUCCCCUGCGCCGCCGGCCAGAGCACGACGCUGUUCGCCCGCUCGGCCCGCUUCAACAUCCGCUACUGAAUCUCUACUCCUUCCCUUACCCAAAACUACUUAGCUAGGCGGGUUUGGGCGACGAGAUAGAUGAGAUCGAUUAGCGUGCCCGAUUCAGAGCACUUACAUUCGUUU